GGCGCGUCCCCCCGCCGAUCAAGGCCCGGAACAAUAACAUAAGUCACAGUGUUGCCAAUACAUUCAACCUAGACGUAAACAACGGAAAAUACCGCUGCGCCAUUCAUUUCCCGGGCACAUUUAAAACUCAAUGUAUUAGGUUAUGUAUGGAUAAUAUAUUUUUUCUUGCAGCAUAUCACAAAUUACAAGUGGAUUAUCACAGUUUAAAUGAUUUGUGAAGUGCAAUACUCGACUGCUAAUGAUCAACCAUGGUCCAUGAUUUGCGAUGUCUAUAUACUUUGAACACAAAAUAGAAUAAAUCUAUUAUGUGCUUCUAAUUGCAUUAUUUAUUAUAAUCCUUAUAAAAUGAUUCGAUUAAAUGUUCCUCUAGUACCUGAUGAAAACAUUCUCAAAAAUUUGUUUGAUAAAAAUAUUUAUACAGUGAACGACUUUCUCCAAAAGAAAACUUCUAAUUUGCAAAGUGUAUGCGGCUUACAAUGCAAGGAAAUAACAAAACUAAAAGAUAGUAUGACGGUAAAGUGUUCAUCUCCAUUCACAAAUGUAUACGAGCUUUACUUAAAUAGAACUGUAUCAUCUUUUGUUCAAACUAAAAUCACAAAAUUGGAUAACAUACUUCAUGGAGGGUUAUUUGCUGGUAACCUCUAUGAACUCUGCGGCCCAUCUGCUUGUGGAAAAACUCAAUUAUGUCUUAGCAUCCUUAUUAAUUUAAUAAUAUCUACAAAAAAGAAUAUAGUAUAUAUAGAUACUAAAAACAAAUUUUCUGUGAAAAGAAUCAAACUUAUGUUGAAAAACAGAUGCAAGACAAAUAAUGAAAUCAGUGAAAUAUUAAACAAAAUUCAAGUGUACUCUGUUUUAAACAUAUACAAUUUAAUAACUUGUUUACAUGGUCUCAAAGAAAAAUUUGAACCCAUUAUAAUCAUUGACUCUCUGCCAGCGCUUUACCUAUCAUUUAUAGGAUUUGAUAAGAAUGAAGGUCUAUGCUAUAUAAAUCAUAUAUAUUCAAUUUUAAAAUACUUAUGCAAUAAAAAUGCAACAAUUAUGGUAACAAACUUGGCUGUAAAAAAUUGUGAUUUAAGUAAUGAUUUUAAGCCUGCUAUUGGAAAAUAUUGGUUUCAUAUACCAAACACAAGAUUAAUGAUCACAACAAUAAUAAAUCCACAACAACAACAACAACAAAUGUAUAUAAAUAUUACAAAAAGUGUAUAUAUACCUUUAAAUGAAAAAUGUAUAUUAAACAUUGAUAAUUUUGGUGUUUCAUAAAUACAUCUAAUGUUAAUAUUACAAUUCUAUAAGAAUAAAAAUUGUUAAAGCAAGAAAGUAUAAAUUAUGUCAGCAUUUUAAUAAUUAAUACAAUAAACAUAAUAAAUAAUAAGGAA